GUGGCUCCCAGGGAGCAAGCCAAAGAUAAACACGUCGACAGACGAACAGGGCGAAGAUAAUAAAUUUUACAGAGAAGCUGCCGUGAAAUGAAAGAAAUGGAGUAGCUGGGGAGAACGUACAGAUUUUAGCAGGCAAGGAGGCAUCCGUCAAACGAGCCGAGGAGCAAGUCUUUUGCAGACGUCGAGACGUAUCUGUAGCUGAUUCCAAAAUGGUGCGAGCAGCUUUGGUGACUGCCACCAGUCUGGCAUUGACUGGAGCUGUGGUGGCGCACGCUUACUUCCUCAAACACCAGUUCUACCCGACAGUGGUCUACCUCACCAAGAGCAGCCCCAGCAUGGCGGUGUUGUACAUUCAGGCAUUUGUGUUGGUGUUUCUGCUGGGAAAGUUCAUGAGGAAGGUCUUUUUUGGGCAGCUAAGGGCUGCAGAAAUGGAGCAUCUCAUCGAACGCUCCUGGUAUGCGGUGACCGAGACGUGCCUGGCUUUCACUGUGUUCAGGGAUGAUUUCUCCCCUCGUUUUGUUGCCCUCUUCACCCUCUUGCUCUUCCUUAAGUGCUUCCACUGGCUGGCUGAGGACCGGGUGGACUUUAUGGAACGGAGUCCGAACAUAUCAUGGAUUUUUCACUUGAGAGUAUUAUCUCUCAUGGGACUGCUGGCUGCCAUGGACUUCCUGUUUGUUAACCAUGCCUGCCAUAGCAUUAUUACCAGAGGAGCUUCAGUCCAGCUUGUUUUUGGAUUUGAGUAUGCCAUCCUGCUGACCAUGGUGUUGACAACCUUCAUCAAGUAUGUUCUGCACACUGUUGACCUGCAGAGUGAGAAUCCCUGGGACAACAAGGCCGUCUACAUGCUCUACACUGAGCUCUUCACAGGUUUCAUUAAAGUGCUCUUGUACAUUGCCUUCAUGACCAUUAUGAUAAAAGUCCACACCUUCCCCCUGUUUGCCAUCCGGCCCAUGUAUCUGGCCAUGAGGCAGUUCAAGAAAGCUGUAACAGAUGCUAUUAUGUCCAGAAGAGCUAUUCGCAACAUGAAUACACUAUACCCUGAUGCUACUCCUGAAGAUCUGCAGGCCUCCGACAACGUCUGCAUCAUCUGUCGAGAGGAAAUGGUCACUGGGGCUAAGAAGCUACCUUGUAAUCACAUUUUCCACUCCAGCUGCCUGCGCUCCUGGUUCCAGAGGCAGCAGACCUGUCCUACCUGUCGCAUGGACGUCCUCCGGGCUUCAAAUAACAACCAGACUCCGGCUCCAGCUCAGGCUCCGCCCCCUGCCCCAGCGGCACCCGCCAACGCCCCCGCAGCCCCGCCUCCUAACGUGGCUCCAGGCAUGUUACCUGGUUUUCCUCCGGGCAUCUUCCCCUUCUGGGGUCCCUUCCCUGCAGUGCCUCCUCCUGCUGCAGCAGCUCCAGCUCCUGGUGCUACUGAUGCUCCACAGAGCAGCACCGAGGCGACACAGACGGCUGGCUCCACCCAGCCCACAUCAUCUACUGCAGACGCUGCUACAUCAGCAGCAGCUGCCCCUGGAUCAACACUCCCAGGCUUCCCCUUCUCUUUCCCCCCUCCUCCCUUCCCCGCUGCACCAUGGCUGCCGAUGCCACCACCUCCUCCCUUUGUGUCAUCGAUGCCUCCUCCUCCUCCGUCUCUCUCCCGGCUGUCAGAGGAGGAGCUGAGAGAGUUGGAGGCAGAAGGCCGACGAGGCCUUGAGGCCAGACUCCAGUGUCUGCAAAACAUCCACACCCUGCUGGAUGCUGCCAUGCUGAACAUCCACCACUACCUCAGCACCGUCGCCACUCUCUCUCCUCCUCGGACUGAGGGCAGCGCUGGAGAAGCCAGCGGGACAAACCAAACGCCAGCGACUGCUACAGCCUCCAGUACCACAGAGAGUCUGAGCACGGAGAAGGAUUCAUCCAUCUCCGAUCAAGUGAAUGGAGCUACAGUCUCUUCUCAGCCCGCUGACUCCACCUCCACCUCCUCAGACACGGAAAGAAAAGAAAACAUGGACGACGGAGUGGUGGAGGACGAGGGUGGAGAACCGAACGCCGCUGAGCUGAGGCGCCGCCGCCUUCGUAAGCUGGAGACGGCGUCGUCACCCCCGCCUCCAGACAACUGAUCCGCAUGUCCUGACUCAGACAUAUCGCUGUGGACCAACAGGAACUCUGAGCUGACAUACGGUUGCUUUGGUUCUUUCAUUGCCUCUCCUCCUCGUGGCUCUUCGCCCUCCACAGCCUCAGGUUUCUGACUGUGUCGAGUUGGGCUGUCGGAAGACUCUUCUGGACUGUUUUGGUGUCAGAAAGCAAUAGCACCUCUUUUUUUUUCAUUUUGAUUUCACCGCCUUUUUCCCCCCUAAAGGAGGACUGCUGCAAUAGUCGUACUGCAGGUGUUUGUAAGUUUAAUCAGACAGGAGAAGGAUGUCAGACCCAGUCCUGGUUGAUCGAUGUGACAGAGGCAGUGUUGGGAUUUGUGUUUGCUAGUUUUACUGUUGGUGACGUCUUUGCCUGCACUUUUUGUUUAAUUCAGCUGUCUUAAGUAUAAAGGUGGUCCCACUCACCAUAUAAAAAUGUUACAAAGCAGAUGGAUCGAUACCAGAUCCAGUGAAUUCAAAUCAAAACAAAUCAGUUACUUCUGCAUUUUUUUCUUUAACAUGCAUCUCUGUUGUUUCCAGAUUCUCAACAUGUUGCCACUGCAGACAUUGUAACAUACUGAUUUAUUUGAAUGUGUACAUACUGUAUAAAGAGUUUUAAUAGGAUGAUCUGUACAUAAUGCAGAAUAAACUGUCUCAAAUGGCA